AUGUCUCUCGUCGAGCUGCCGCACCCUGCCACCCUCCCCGCCGCCUCCAUUCCAGACGACCACACCGCGACAGAGCUCCCGUCGACUUAUAACCCGUCGUCCGCCUGCAGCUCGCCUCGUCCGCGGUCGCUCACACUGUCCAUUGAACAAACCACAUCCACCACCUCCAACAGCCCCGUCAUUGACCAGCUCCCCGACGACAUGCUUUCGAUACACUCCACCAAGAGCGAGUCCUUUGUGUCGGCCGGCGGCGCGCCCGCGCUGCCCGCCAAGAGCGCCCUCCGCGCCUCGAGGCUGCUCGCCACGAUGCCGCAGAAGCUGCCCCAGGACCGCCCCGUCCUCACACACGCCGCGCCUCACCUGGUCUACCUGUCGUCCGAGGAGGACGGCUCGUCGUCGGCCGACGACCUCUCCGACCUCGAGUCGUUUGACUCGGACAGCGAGGAGUCGCUCGACGGCUACGUCGCCCACGGCGAGUUUGCCCGCGCCGUCUCCGUCAUCUUUUCCGGAAAGCCCUCUAUGAUCAACCUCACCGGCCGCAGCGCCUCGCUCGCGUCGUUUCGACGCCCCUCGGACGACGGUGCCCUGCGCAGCACCCUGACGGAGCCCAUGCUCGGCCGCAUCCGCUCUGCGUCGUCCACCACCUCGAGCCUCGCCUCCAGCCUCAACCAUCCGCCUCGCUCCAGCAGCAUCAACACCGCCAGCCUGGACAAGCGCCGCCCCAAGUUCCUGCACGUCGACCCCUUUGCCGCCAGCAAGACGGACAAGGACGACAGCGACAGCCUUCGGACGCCCAAGACGCCCACCGCCAUGUUCUCUCGCGCCUUUAGCAACCUGGUCAAGAAGCGCAGCCGCCCUACCCUGAGCCCGGCGACCCGCGACAACGAGCUCACCCACAUGGAGCAGGUUGGUGAGGAGGCGCUGGAAGAGCUUCGCGAGGAGCCUUCCUCGCCCAGGUCGACACCUGCCGGGCCCGUCAAGUACCAGGAUAUCAUGGCAGCCGCCAAGAAGAAUGCUCAGCACAGCACGCCAGCACCCGCCACGCCCACAUCACCAAACAGUGCCAAGAAUGGCCUGCGCAGUUUUUCGCUCAGCAGACGGAUGAGUGUCCGUGCAUAA